CCUUGCUCCUCCCCCAACUCCUCCAGCUGCUUAAGUCUCUCUCACCCGCUGGGUCCUUGGCUCCCGAGAAGUUUUUGAAUCCCCUGUGUCCUCUCCUGGGUGAGGUCCCUGGAGCACUGUUUCUGUGGGUUGUCACCAAGUCUGUCCUAGAGGAGCAGCUCCUUAAGAAACAGGCCAUAAGGCAGAGGGACUGCGAUGUCUGGCAGAGAACCGGGACCAGCAAGGUACUACGUGGGCGUGGACGUUGGAACAGGCAGUGUCCGUGCGGCUCUCGUGGACCAGAGCGGGGUCAUUUUGGCUUUUGCAGACCAGCCAAUUAAGAAGUGGGAGCCCCAGUUCGACCACCAUGAGCAGUCCUCCGAGGACAUCUGGGCUGCGUGCUGUGCUGUCACAAAGAAAGUUGUACAAGGGAUCGAUUUAACCCAAAUCCGAGGACUUGGGUUUGAUGCCACAUGUUCUCUGGUUGUCCUGGAUAAGCAGUUUCGCCCUCUACCAGUGAACCGUGAAGGGGAUUCCCAUCGAAAUAUUAUCAUGUGGCUGGACCACCGAGCUGUCAGUCAGGUCCGCAGGAUAAACGCAACCCAGCACGGCAUCCUGCGCUACAUCGGGGGUGUGAUGUCAGUGGAAAUGCAGGCCCCGAAGCUGCUGUGGCUGAAAGAGAACUUGAGAGAGACUUGCUGGGAUAAGGCAGGACAUUUCUUUGAUCUCCCGGACUUCUUAUCGUGGAAAGCAACAGGUGUCACAGCACGGUCUCUCUGCUCCUUGGUGUGCAAGUGGACCUACUCAGCAGAGGAAGGCUGGGAUGACAGUUUCUGGAAGACAGUUGGUUUGGAAGACAUUGUUGCAGAUAAUUACAACAAAAUAGGAAACCAAGUGCUGCCUCCUGGAGCGUCUCUUGGAAAUGGGCUCACGCCAGAGGCAGCCAAAGACCUUGGCCUUCCUGUGGGAACUGCAGUGGCAGCUUCUCUCAUUGACGCCCAUGCUGGAGGACUAGGAGUGAUUGGGGCAGAUGUGAGAGGGCACGGCCUCGUCUGUGAGGGACAGCCUGUGACAUCACGGCUGGCUGUCAUCUGUGGAACAUCUUCUUGUCACAUGGGGAUCAGCAAAGACCCGAUUUUUGUGCCAGGCGUCUGGGGGCCUUAUUUUUCAGCCAUGGUGCCUGGGUUCUGGCUGAAUGAAGGCGGUCAGAGCGUUACUGGAAAAUUGAUAGACCACAUGGUGCAGGGCCAUGCUGCCUUCCCUGAACUCCAAGCCAAGGCCACAGCCAGAUGCCAGAGCAUAUAUGCAUAUUUGAACAGUCACCUGGAUCUGAUUAAGAAGGCCCAGCCUGUGGGUUUCCUCACUGUUGAUUUGCAUGUUUGGCCAGAUUUCCAUGGUAACCGGUCUCCCUUAGCAGAUCUGACGCUAAAGGGCAUGGUCACAGGAUUGAAGCUGUCUCAGGACCUCGAUGAUCUUGCCAUUCUCUACCUGGCCACAGUUCAAGCCAUUGCUUUUGGGACCCGCUCCAUUAUAGAGGCCAUGGAGGCAGCAGGCCAUUCUAUCAGCACUCUUUUCUUGUGUGGAGGCCUGAGCAAGAACCCCCUUUUUGUGCAAAUGCAUGCAGAUGUUACUGGCAUGCCUGUGGUGCUGUCACAAGAGGUGGAGUCUGUUCUUGUGGGUGCUGCUAUUCUGGGUGCCUGUGCCUCGGGGGAUUUCGCUUCUGUGCAGGAGGCAAUGGCAAAAAUGAGCAAAGUUGGGAAAGUUGUGUUCCCAAGACAAGAAGAUAAAAAUUUAUGGCCGGGGCUGGGUUUGAACCCACCACCUCCACCAUAUGGGGCCAGCACCCUACUCCUUUGACCCACAGGCGUCACCUGAAACUAGUUCUUACAUCCCUUCUUAUGAGACAGGCCCUGUUCUACGAGUUCCUCACCUACCUCCUCCUUUAAUUCACACAGUAGCUUUGUUGAGGUAGAUCCUGUAAUUAUCAUACCUUGCCACAUAUAAACUGCCCUCUUUUCCCCAAUUUUGAGGGAAAAAAAUUCUGUGUCUAUAUAAAUGGUUUUAAUUAUUUUAUGUAUGCUUAAUUUACUAAAAGUGUAACUCUAGAAAACAACAAUAUCUGUGUGCAAAAUAAUCCCCUGGGAUAUGGAAAAUAUGCCCCCUCCUCACCAGCCCCCAGCCCCGUCGGCUACCCGCUCCUGGGGAAGACACUGCAGGGGCAGGAGCCUCCAGCCCGCUUGGCUGAUCACACCAGGCACCCACCACCACUACCAUCUUGGAAGCAGAUAUGCUGCUAAGAGCAACAAAAUAGCGUCCACACCUCAGCGAAAGGAGGGUGGAAGUGCCCAGGCAUUGGUGCUGCCUCCUCUUGUGUGAGGCCUGAGGCAUAGAACCAGCCACUGCAGGGAAACUGGGAGGGAGCCCAGGUACCAGUGAGAGGGUCUAGAAGUCCUGAGCACCCCCCUCGUCUGAUUCCCAGCCCGUCCCAACCUCGUCCCCACAACCUCUCACUUCCUGUGCCCACCCAUGUCCAUCACUGGGAAUGUGGCCCCUGAGGACCCCAAAAAGCUGGUUCUUUUUUCAGGCUGCCUUGUCCCCUUGGGCCUCAGAAUGGGGCCAGCUGUGCCAGAGACAAGGCGGCCUGGACAGAGCAGAGAUGGCAGGCUGGCCCUGGCCCGCUAUAACACCUCUCAGGAAAUCAGCCCGCUGGAGUUUUUAGCAGAGUAGCCAUGAUGGACCAUUCUUACUGAUGGACAUGGGUGGGAAGAGGGGAUGGUCGGGGGCUCAGGUCAUCCAGGCCCCUCUCACCUGCCACCUGGGCUCACUCCUGGGCUUCUCUGCCAUGGCCAGCUCUGCGACCCACACCCAUUCUCAUGAGAGAAGGAGGUACCAUUUCAUGGCCUCUUUUUUCCUGAGAGUUUGGGCCAAAAAUAAGGGUGUGCUUUGUACAUGGGAGCACAUUAUACACAGCAAAAUAUGGCAACUGCAUUUAUAGAUAAGCAAAUUUCUGCACAAAUAGAUUAGGUAACAGAUCUAAGGUCCCACAGCCAACAGGCCAUGCUGAGAUACAAACCUAAGCUUCAGGGUCAACCUCUUCACAUUGUCUUCAGCCCCUUUAUAGCUCCUAUGUUACCAGAAUGGCUAAUAGAGAAAUAUUGGGGGGAUCCCAUAAACAUAAUCUGUGUCAUGAGUAGAAGACCCUGUCUG